GAAUAAACGUAACAACAUUUUGUGUUUCUGACGAUUUCCGAUCGAUCAACAGAAUCGUUAUCCGUGUCAUCAGAAAAUAAAAAAUAGUCGGAGGAUACGUGAAUUGGUAGAGGAGGCUAUUGAAAUUCUAGAAGACAGUUUUCCCAAAUAAAUUUGCACCAUGAAGCUCUUUAGUACUUCAGCUACGCUUUUAUGCGUUGCCCUGUUUGCCUUGAGCGGCGAGGCAAGAAAACGUGAAGCUCCCAUAAGCAAUGGCCGUGGUUCGGCCUCCUACAAUUCUCCCUCGAACUCGUAUUUACCACCGGCAUCGGGUCCUGCAUCCAACAGUUAUGCCCCAAGUGCACCAUCAGGAGGCCCAUACAACAGCUCUCCCUCACGUCCCUCUUCAUCGUAUGGUGCUCCACCCCGUAGUCCCUCUUCUAGCUAUGGACCACCACCACCUCCCUCAGGACCAGCCUCUUCGUACGGUGCUCCCAGCCGUCCCAGCUCAAGCUAUGGCCCACCCAAGAAGAGUUCCCAUCGUCGUCCAUCUUCUUCAUAUGGUGCUCCACCCAAACAACCUUCAUCCAGUUAUGGUCCACCAAAAUCCAGCUAUGGCCCACCAAAGUCUAGCUAUGGUGCCCCAGCAAAGGCUCCUUCUUCAAGCUAUGGUGCCCCAGCAAAGGCUCCUUCUUCUAGUUAUGGUGCCCCCGCCCGUGCUCCCUCUUCCAGCUAUGGUCCACCCAAGUCAUCGCCACCCUCGACCAGUUAUGGUGUUCCCACAGGUCCAGCCCCCUCGAAUAGUUAUGGUGCUCCAGCCAAGGCUCCUUCCAGUAGCUAUGGUGCUCCUGCUGCUCCUUCCUCCAGUUAUGGUGCUCCUGCUGCUCCAUCCUCCAGCUAUGGUGCUCCUGCCAAAACACCCUCUUCAAGUUAUGGAGCCCCUGCCAAAACUCCUUCCAGCAGCUAUGGAGCCCCUGCUGCUCCUUCCUCCAGCUAUGGUGCCCCAGCAGAGACACCUUCUUCAAGCUAUGGCGCUCCCAGUGCACCUGCUGCCCCAUCGUCUAGUUAUGGUGCUCCAGCCAAAACACCCUCAAGCAGUUACGGUGCACCUUCAGCUCCAGCCGCCCCAUCUUCCAGUUACGGAGCUCCUGCCAAGGCACCAUCUUCCAGCUACAGCGCACCCGCACAAGCUCCCUCAUCCAGCUAUGGCGCUCCAGCCCAAAGUUCAUUCCAACCAAUCUCGCCUCCCUCAUCCAGCUAUGGUGCCCCGGCCCAAACCCCAUCCUCAAGCUAUGGUGCUCCUGCUCAAACUCCUUCAUCUAGCUAUGGCGCCCCAGCUCAAACCCCAUCUUCCAGUUAUGGUGCCCCCGCUCAAACUCCCUCAUCAAGUUAUGGUGCCCCCGCUCAAACUCCCUCAUCCAGCUAUGGUGCCCCUGCCCAAACUCCCUCAUCUAGCUAUGGUGCCCCCGCUCAAACUCCAUCUUCCAGCUAUGGCGCCCCAGCACAAACCCCAUCAUCAAGCUACGGUGCCCCAGCACCUCAAGCUCCCUCAUCCAGUUAUGGUGCCCCUGCCCAAACACCCUCGUCCAGCUACGGUGCUCCAGCCCAAACACCCUCAUCCAGCUAUGGUGCUCCCGCUCAAACACCCUCAUCCAGCUAUGGUGCCCCUGCACCUCAAGCUCCAUCAUCAAGCUACGGUGCCCCAGCUCCUCAAGUUCCUUCAUCCAGCUAUGGUGCCCCAGCACCUCAAGCACCUUCAUCUAGCUACGGAGCCCCCGCUGCUCAAGCUCCUUCAUCAAGUUAUGGAGCCCCUGCUCCUCAAGCUCCUUCAUCCAGCUAUGGAGCCCCCGCUGCCCAAGCACCUUCAUCCUCUUACGGUGCACCCACUGGACCAUCAUCAAGCUAUGCCUCGGCACCCAGUUCUUCAUAUGGAGCACCAGCUGCCCAAGGUGGCUCAAGCGGUGGUUACCCCUCAGGACCCUCUUCCAGUUAUAGUGCCCCAGCUCAAACACCAUCCUCCAGCUAUGGUGCCCCCACCGGACCUUCAAGCAGUUACAAUGCUCCUUCCGCACCCAGCAGUUCUUAUGGCGCUCCCUCAUCUUCUGGUGGCUCAAGUUAUGAUGCCCCUGCCCAAGCUCCAGCCACAGGUUACGGAGCACCCACUGGACCAUCAUCAUCCUACAAUGCCCCAAGUGCCCCCUCAUCAUCAUACGGGGCCCCUUCAUCUGGCAAUGGUGGCAGUGAUGGUGGCUAUUCUUAUUCUCCAGCGGCUAACAAAAUCCCCGACACCAUUCCCCAGGGCUAUUCCGCCGAUGGUGGCUACACAUAUUAGUUUGCCCAAAUGAAAUCCCCUGGGAGGGAAGUUCGACAAAAACAAAACCAACGUGCCUUAAUUCCAUAUUUUGUUUAGUAGCUAAUUUGCUGCCUCUCUUUCACCCUCUUCAACGCUUGCUCUACACUCAUAUUGUCACAAGACAAAUUCAUUAGCGAAAUCUUCAUCCAACGUGUACGGAAUCGUCGUAAAAUUUCAUAAUUUCAAAUCAUCAACACAAAAUCGCGUCUAAUGUUUAUUCCAUUUUAAAUUCGAAUUCGUAAAUUAUUUCUCUUGUUGAAUGUACACUUUUUUGUAUAUUUUUGGAAUUUAAAAUUAAGUG